UUUUAUGUUGAAUGCGUAUUAUCCACUUCAAGAGGACUUACAGUUGUGCUCGACUAGAAAGUUUUUGAAAACUUGCUGCAACGGUUUGUCCCUAUGUUUCAGUUUUAUUCCAGAAAAAAUAUCGUUGAGGAGAGACUUCAAGUUGUCACUUGGUUUUCAGCAGCGCCUUGUGUCGAGAAAGCAGCAUAAGUUGGACUCUUUGAAUACAUCAAGUAGAAGAGUGUUUUGUUGUGUUGAAAAGCCGCCACUGAAAAGGCUUUCGUUUCCUUGGAGCCUUGCUUUGUUGACUUUGUCUUUGUUGUGGCCACGUUCACGAAUAGCUUCUGCUUCGACCUUCGAAGCCUUCCAUUUAGAGUCGAACUACCCUUAUGCAGUAGAAUUCCACAAAUCUUCUCUAAUUAAAAAUCCUUCGAGUAAUUGUCGCCGUAUAGCACUAGUUGUACAAAGGAAGGAAAAGAAAUCAAAGUCUGUCAAGGAGGCAUCCGAUGCGCUGUUUUUGAAAAAUCGAUCAUCUUUAUUCAGUGAGCUAUUUCGUGUUGGUUCCUUUUGGAAAGUUCUUUCCAUCCAUAUCCCUUCCACAGUAUCAGAUACUUUGGUGUUACUGUUGGCUACUAUUAUCGUUGUUCCGAUUAUGAGGAAACUCAAUACAUCCCCUAUUUUAGGGUUUUUAAUUGCUGGAUUGGUCUUGGGUCCUAAUGGCUUUCAUCUUGUUCGUGACGUCGUAGCAAGUAGGACACUUGCAGAAUGGGGAGUGGUAUUCUUUCUUUUCGAAAUGGGUUUGGAGUUGAGUUUAGAUAGAUUACGCAAACUGCAAAAGGACGUGUUUGAACUUGGCUUAUCUCAGUUUUUGAUUUGUGGUGCUGCUUUUGCUAUUAGUGCGAUGAUAGCAGGCCUACCUUUGGAAACUUGUGCCGUUAUCGGUGGAGGUUUAGCGUUAUCAUCUUCCGCUUUCGUUCUUCAACUAUUAUCUGAAAGAGGUGAAAUAGGAACAAGAUUUGGGCGUGCAUCAUUCGGUAUUUUAUUGUUACAAGACAUUGCUGUAGUGCCCCUGUUAGUGGUUAUUCCUCUUCUCGCUACCAAGUCUGGAGGCCCUAAAGUGUUGGUUUCUGCGUUGAUGGUAGCAGCCAUGAAAGCGUCUGUAGCCUUAGCUGUUAUAUUCGCAACUGGAAGGUUAUUUCUUGAAAAAGUAUUUCGUACUGUUGCUGCAGCCAAAUCUCCAGAAGCUUUUGUUGGAGUUAUCUUAUUUACUGUAUUAUCGACAUCUGCAGUCACAGAAGGCUUAGGGUUAUCCGAUACUUUGGGAGCUUUUCUUGCUGGUGUGUUGUUGGCUGAGACAAAAUAUCGUCACCAAAUUGAAGCAGAUAUUGCACCUUUCCGAGGUCUACUCUUAGGCCUUUUCUUUAUAACUGUUGGUUUUAGCAUAGAUUUGAAAUUAGCUUUGGCGAAUCUACCCGUUGUUUCAUCGUUGGUUUUAGGUUUGCUUACGAUGAAAGCUGGUAUAAUCACAGUUUUAGCCAGAUUAUUUGGUCUUUCUUUUUCAAAUGCGAUAAGAACUGGUUUAUUGGUAGCACAAGGUGGUGAAUUUGCCUUUGUUACUUUUGGUGCUGCACAAAGAGCAGGUUUGCUUCCUGCAGAUCUUUCACAGUUGCUGUUAUUGGUAGUAGCGCUUUCCAUGGCAACCACUCCACUUUUGUCUUCCAUUGGUUCCCAAUUAGCGUCACGAAUUGAAAGACGCCGUGGUUUGAUUGGAGCUAGAAGCGAAGAUAUUGCUGAUGCUCGAGAUUUUGUUAUUGUGGCAGGUUUUGGUAGAGUAGGACAAUCGAUUUGCGAAAUGCUGAAUGCCAGAUUGAUACGAUAUGUAGCAUUUGAUAUGAGUCCUUCGAGAGUUAUCGAAGCAAGAAACAAAGGACUGCCUGUAUUUUUUGGAGAUGCAUGUCGUCCCGAAGUGCUUGAAGCAGCAGGUGUUUCAAGGGCGAAGGCAGUGGUCAUCACUUUGGAUGAUCCUGUAGCAGCAUCUCGAGCUGUACAAUCUUUACGAAGAGAAUAUCCUGAUUUACAAAUCUUUGUACGAGCCAGAGAUACGAAACAUCAACAGACGUUACAACUCGCAGGUGCUACUGCUAUUGUCCCUGAGUUGUUGGAGUCCAGCUUAUUAUUGGGUGGUGCAGUGUUACUAGCCUAUGGAACUCCAAUAGAAGAAGUGAACGCAUUGAUUGACGAAGCUAGAAAGAAAACUUUUAAAGAAGCUGGUUUAUCUAUUGGAACCAGUGCACUUAACCCCCGAAGUCCGUUUUCUCCUUCAUCUGAAACGAAAACGAAAAAAACAACUUCCAGUUCUUUGAUAUCUUCGUUGGAUGAAACGAAUGAUAACAGUAGCUCUUCUUUGAACGAGAGCAAAAUGAUAACGAGUAACUUACUUGAAGAGUCUCAUGUUGUAUCCACAACUCCUUCUGUGGAUAAAAUGGAAAUGGCAGCAGUGGAAGAAGAUGAUACAAGUCACUCCGCAUCUCUUCCUUCAUCACAAGAGAAGAAUAUUUCUACAAACCUUGCACAGGAAAAGGAAGUCCAUUUUCCAAUCAAGGAGGAACCAUCGACUAGUAGUAAUGGGAGCCAGCAAGACGAUUCUUCUUUGGAAAAGAUUGUAGGACAACAUAAAAAGUCGGAAGAUCCUAUUAUUUCGACAACUGAGUCAUUGGAUGAUUCAGUACGAUGAAUAUGAAACAAUAAAAUAAUUCUUUUUUCC